AGCCGUGAGACGCCGACAGUGAGGACGGAGCAGCAGAGCUUUCUCCUGUGUGUGACAAGCAAGCUGAAGGAGCACGCACUCGUUCUGAUUCUGUAAUGCGCGUAAAAGGCGCACCUCUCCGCUUUUACGCACAGCCCAAAGUGGCGAGUAGAUUUGUAUGGAACGUACCGAUCAAGAACUGAUAGUUAAUUCCUGAAUAGGCUUUAUAAUCUCUAAGACAGAGACGUUUCCAAGCGGAACUUUAUCAGACUACGAAAACAAUUGUUGCGGGGAAAGUAUAGAUACCCUUCCAGAUGAGCCUUAGAUUUGCUUUGUUCACACUGUAUUUGGCACCAGUGUCCUCCACUUUGUGGUGUCAUGUUUAACGCCUAAAAAGUUCCUUGCAGUGGUAAGAGAAGAAUGGAUCCUUUAUUUAAUAUUACCGAUGAGCCGAACACGACCAUCAGCUCCAACGACACUAAUAAUAACAGGACCGAAGAGGGGAACCAGUUCGUGCAGCCAGUGUGGAGAAUCGUCCUGUGGGCCAUUGCAUACAGUUGUAUAGUUAUCGUGUCUGUAGUAGGCAACGUUACAGUAAUCUGGAUCAUUAUGGCACACAAACGCAUGAGGACCGUUACCAACUAUUUUCUGCUGAACCUGGCGUUCGCCGAAGCCUCCAUGUCUGCCUUUAAUACGGUCAUCAACUUCACUUACGCAGUACACAACGAGUGGUACUUCGGACUGGUCUACUGCCGCUUCCACAACUUCUUUCCAAUCGCGGCUGUGUUUGCCAGUAUCUACUCAAUGACUGCCAUCGCUCUGGACAGGUACAUGGCCAUUAUCCACCCUCUACAGCAACGCAUGUCAUCCACAGAGACAAAGAUUGUGGUUGCUGUGAUCUGGGUUCUGGCUCUGCUUCUGGCCUUCCCUCAGUACUACUACUCUACUACAGUCCAGUUCACUGAUCGAGUGGUGUGCUACAUUGAAUGGCCAGAGUACACUGUGUGCAACUUCGAAAAGAUGUAUCAGGUGUGUGUGGCCAUCCUGAUCUACUUCCUUCCUCUGCUGGUGAUGGGCUGCGCUUACCUUGCAGUGGGACUGACCCUCUGGGCCAGUGAGAUUCCUGGAGACUCUUCUGACCGCUACAGGGAGCAGCUGACUGCCAAGCGCAAGGUGGUGAAGAUGAUGAUUGUGGUGGUGUGUACAUUUGCCACCUGCUGGCUGCCAUACCAUAUCUACUUCCUACUGCACCAGUUCUUACCCCAUUUGCUUGAGGAGCCGUUCAUGCAGCAGUUCUACCUGGCCAUCAUGUGGUUGGCCAUGAGCUCCACUAUGUACAACCCCAUCAUCUACUGCUGCCUCAAUGACAGGUUUCGUGCUGGUUUCAAACAAGCAUUUCAUUGCUGCCCCUGUGUCCCUCAAGGCUCUUACGAAGGCCUGGAACUCAAGUCCACUCGCUACCUUCAGACCCAGACAAGCGUUUACAAGGCCAGCCGAAUGGAGACCACUGUAUCGACCGUUCUUCAUGUUGGGGAUGACGUGGAGCAGCCAAAGGUUAAGGCUAUGGUAGGACUAGGACCUGCCGGGGCUGCAGCUGCAGCAAGACAUAGCUCAUCGCUGGACCUCACUUCAAACGGCUCCUCAUCCCGUAGUGUCUCCAAAACUGUAUCAGAGACAUCUAGUUUCUACUCCAGUAACAACCUGCAGGAAUAGAUGUCCAAUACAGGCAGCAUGUGCCAGACUGCAGGGAGAGAGUGUGAGUUGGCUGUUCACAUCACUGCUUUCGCCUGCAUGUGUUCAUGCAACGUACAGCAAAGUGUGACCUUGUCUGUCAGUGACUGUGAGUUUAUGGUGAAUAUAUUUCCAGUGUGUUUACUGGAAAAUCAUGUGAGAAACGUGGUUCCUGCUCUCCGAACAUUGUCUUCACCCACAACAUAGUGACAGAAAUAUUCAUGCUACUCACAGUUGAUGAUCAACCAGCAUUGGAAAGAUUUUCUAAGUGCCAAAAAGCAACAAGGACCACUUCAUCUACUAGAGCACAUUCCAUUUCAAAAGCUAAACUCAAGCAGAUGCUAGCGCCUCCAACUUUCACAGCUUCUGCUUGUCAGAGCAGCCUCCUGUCAGAGAGCUCACACAUCCUCAAUCACACAAGCUGUGUGACUUCACACAGUCUAUUUUUGAUUGGAGCCUCCAUUCAAAGACCUGCAACACGACAUAGACUAAUUUUAAGAGGGAAGUUCUCUAAAAAAAAAAAAAAGGUCCCCAAUAAAACCUGGUUUUCAGUGCAGCUUGCCUCACAAGAUAUGUUUUAAACAUAAGCAAAGGCUUCACCGUGAAAGGGGCUUAAAUCUGAGAAACAUGCUUGUUAAUGCUUGUGUGUGUGAGAGCUGAUGAGAAUGCCAACUCUUAUCUUGCUGAGCAGGACUGCUACAGCUAUCCAAUGUGCAGAAUGUGUCUGCCUGGCUGAAAGGAUGCUGUGCGGAUCCCCUGCAGGCUUCGCUUAAAAGUUCUGGCAAUCAGCGAAAAUACCAGCAGUGACUGGUUCAUAUUUCAUCUGGCUAAAGACUGACUUCAACAGCUGGCAGUAUCAUUUUCUGUAACAGAGGCUUGGCUAAUGCUGAAGAAACAACAGCUGAAAAAGACCCAGUUUGCACAAAAUAAAACCUGGAUCUCAGAUACCACCAGAUCUAAACAAUAUGUGUAUAACUGAUGAUGACCAACCUGUCAACAACUUCUCUAUGACACCUCAGACACAGGACUGUAGUGUAGCACCCCUUUCAUUUAUUCAGUAUUUUUAGUGAGAACCUGCUCUACUCUUACUCUACCUGUGUGACUGCAAACUGCACUCUUAAUCAUACAUAAAUGGGAUUUGGCCGGGUUCCUCACAUGUAUGUGUCUCUGACACACACCGCUGUGGAUGUGUGCAGUUAAAGUGGCCAAAUUAACCUGUGAUAUCCUGUGUGGGUGGUGAAGAUGAUCACUUCUGUCCCGCAUUUGAAGGCAUAUCAGCAUCAAAACUUAAUUUAAGGUUUAAAGGACUUUGCAGACCAUCAGUGAUCUGUGGCUCUUUAACAUGCAGUGAUGUGCCUUGCUGCUUCGCAUAAUGUCUUUGAAGGGACAAGGGAGGGAGGUGUGUGUGUGUGUGUGUGUGUGUUGGGGGGGGGGGGGUCACAGGAGCAGCUCCCUCUACUAAAGUCUAGGAACAAGGCGUUUUAUGUAAUCAGACCACAAAAAAUCUGCCAGAACAAAUGGUCCCAGUGUCCCCCAUUAUUAAUACCUGCAACUACGAACUCAAAAUUAAUAGAAUUAGAGCUGAAGUUUGUGUCACAAUAAUCUCAAACAAACCAUCCAUCCACAAACCGUUUGAUGUAAUUUACUUUCAUUUUCUGUGAUUGUGGUAUCUGUAGAAAAUUCAGUGUUUUUUGGAAUACAUUGAAGUGAAAAUAAUUUACAAAGCAGUCAACAGCUAAAUCCACAAUAUUAGCUGUGUACAGCUCAGUUAAACACGACCACCAAAGACAAAAUCCAGA